AUGGGUCACCAUCAUCAUCACCAUCAUCAUCAUCAUAAGAGUCAUGGCUUGUCAAACUGUUGUAUCGCACUGAAUGGUAUAUGCUUUCUGAUUACUAUGAUUGCUGGUUCAGUCAUCGUCGGAGCACUGCUCAGACCAUCGAUGCAGUAUAUCGACAACUGGCGUCUCCUCAACUGUACACUUGAUACACAGAACAUCACUCGCUACUGUCAAAUAGAUGACAAGUGUCAAGAGUCAACCAAUCAGAUUCAGUUCCCCUCAUACUUCUACGACAAUGGACGACGAUUCCCCUACGAGUACGAUGCGAACGAGACACCUUUAGACGACUCAUCUGCAGAGGCACCUGUACCAAACAACACGUGCUCUGCACCAACGCCCAACCAAUGCUUCCAGGGCAGCAUCAUCUUUCACUAUCAACCAAACAACGCCACUGACGACAUUCAGUCACAAUCACUCUACGUCAAUGGCACCUAUUACAACGCCUAUGACUUUGUCUACCAUUUCAACGGCAGCUUCCACUGCUGGGUGGAUACACACAACAGUAGUCGUAUCUCGGUGUUGCCCAUACCAAAGUACUCGCCUGGUGGUGCCAUUGCAACAGGCAUAUUAUUCUCAUUCUCAUUGAUAUGUCUAAUCAUCCUGUUCAUUCUGAUAUCGAUAAGGUGCUUCUGCAAGAAUCAUCACGACUACCAGCCAAUCUAUAGAAUACAAGCAGACGAC